GACACUGAUUGUUUUUGCUGAAAUUUGACAUGCUCUUGCUGAUAAGGUGGCAAGCUGGUGGCAAGUGGGCGUCAAUAACAAUUCUCCAUGUGAUUUUCAGAACAUUUAACAAAUGAUCUUUCUACUAAAUGAAUAUAUACAGUAGUACAAGUUUGUUGAGUCUAUAUAAUUGAUUUACGAUUUUGAAAGUAUUAGGACUGAAUAGAACUGAAAACUGAAAAUAAGAAUGGCCCUACCACAAAAAAAAUAUUACAGGCAACGUGCUCAUUCUAAUCCUAUCGCUGAUCAUUGUUUUGAAUACCCUUCACACCCCGACAAUUAUGAUUGGUCAAACUUAUAUCCUGUUUUAAAAACAAGUGAAGCUAAACUGAAAAAGGUUGAAUUUCUUGAUGUUGGUUGUGGAUAUGGUGGUCUCUUAGUGACACUGUCUCCAAUGUUUCCACAGAACUUAAUGCUUGGUUUAGAAAUACGUGUUAAAGUAUCUGAUUAUGUAAAUGAUAGAAUUCAAGCAUUAAGAUCUCAGCACAUAGAUGAAUAUCAGAACAUAGCAGUAUUAAGAACUAAUGCUAUGAAAUAUUUACCAAAUUUUUUCCAUAAGGGUCAACUUCAAAAAAUGUUCUUUUUGUAUCCAGAUCCACAUUUUAAAAAGGCUAAGCACAAAUGGAGGAUUAUAAAUAAAUGGCUCCUUGCCGAAUAUGCUUAUGUUCUUGCUGAUCAGGGCAUAGUGUAUACAAUAACAGACGUAAAAGAUUUACAUGAGUGGAUGGUUACACAUUUUGAAGAACAUCCAUUGUUUAAGAGAAUGACUGAAGAAGAACUUAAAAAUGACAAAAUUGUUGAUAAGCUCUUUGAAAGCACAGAAGAGGGGCAGAAGGUUACAAGAAAUAAUGGAGAAAAAUUUCUUGCAGUGUUCAAAAGAGUACCAGAUAAUUUUAUGGAAAGUAAUAAAUAAAUUGUAAAUACAGUGGUAUAAUUGA